AUGGAUCGCGAUCAAGCGCUGCGGCGACUUCAGGUUUACGGUCGCCAUAUCGCACCCGCCUAUUCGACCCCUCCAGAAACCACCAAUAACGAGGCUGCUUACAACGAGUCCCAGCUGAACCUGCAACCCUGCAGUAACAACAGCGAUCGCAGCGGCGCGACCGGCGUGUAUGCUUCAGCCACAGGAAAGCCGUCUAAGUAUGCGUUAAUGCACGGCGAGGUGUCGAGCGCGCCGGUAGUGUGGCAGCCGGGUCGCAUCGAGGGGCCUCCGCUCCAAGACGUUCUUUACGAGACGGCCGUUGGAGAGGGGAUCGCCAAGAUCACGAUCAACCGACCCGAGAGGAGGAACGCUUUCCGGCCGGAAACGGUGAAGGAGCUGAAGCGCGCGUUCGACGCUGCGAGGGACGAUGUGACCGUUGGAGUGAUCAUCUUCACCGGCAAGGGCGACCUGUCGUUCUGCAGCGGCGGAGACCAGGCUGUGAGGGGCAAGCACGGAUACGUCGGGGGCGACCAGGUGCCGCGCCUCAACGUGCUGGACCUGCAGGUUCAAAUUCGGCGGACUCCCAAGCCAGUAAUCGCCAUGGUGGCAGGGUAUGCCAUAGGGGGAGGCCACGUGCUGCAUCUGGUGUGUGACAUCACCAUUGCUGCUGACAACGCUGUGUUUGGCCAGACAGGGCCCAAGGUGGGCAGCUUUGAUGCGGGGUACGGCAGCUCUAUCAUGUCUCGCCUUGUGGGUCCCAAGAAGGCGAGGGAGAUCUGGUUCCUCGCCAGGCACUACACAGCGGCUCAAGCGCUCGACAUGGGACUCAUCAACACGGUUGUGCCGCUGGCGAAUUUGGAGGCCGAGACGGUGAAGUGGUGCCGGGAGAUCCUGAGGAACAGCCCCACAGCGCUGAGGGUGCUCAAGUCGGCGAUCAAUGCAGUGGAUGAUGGCACCGCUGGCUUGCAGGAGCUGGCAGGAAAUGCAACGUUGAUUUUCUACAACACUCCGGAAGCAGUGGAAGCGCUGCUCGUUACCGUGCUCUCCGUCUCCUACGUCUGUCGUGAGCGGCCGCUCCUGCUGCGCGUCCGAGCCGCAGGCCACAGGAGCGCGUUUCACGAGCCGGCCCGCCACUCGUCGCUGUACCACCUGCAUCAGAGCACUGGUGCAUGGCAUAGAAAUAAAACCGCUUUUACCGAAUCAGCGAGUUCAUACACUAACGAGGAUGGUUUCAGAUACGAUACGGACAGUCCACGAUCUGUUACAAUACAGUCGCAUUCAGAGUCGCCUUCAAUACUGUCACACCGCGCACAGGCACAGGAACAGACACAGUCACAGCUUUUGAGAUGGGCCGAGCCUCAGGAGUGGAUGAAUCCGUGGCUGAGGCAGCAGGUCCGGUCCGAGCCUGCAACGAUGGCUUGGUUGGAGGAGUCCCUGGCGCGGGACGCUCGUGCUGUACCUGCAGAGAUACUUUCUUCCGAGCCUCAAUCUGCUGCCGAGCCUGACUCUGCUGGCUUUGCUUCAGUGUUUGCUUCUAAUGCUAGCAUUAAGCAAGGAUCAGCGUGCUCCCCCCUGGCCUCAGCCGUGGUAAUCCCGGUUACCAGCGAGCCUGAUUUCAAGCAGCGCAGGCGCUAUCCCCCCUCCACCACCGUUAUUCUCGAGCUUCAGAACCACGUCACUCUCAAGCGAGGGCUGCUGCUCGGCCCCAAAUAUGCAUGCACAAUCCUGCGGUCGGGUGGCGGGGAGAAAGGGAGGGGGUAUCGGCUGUACGUGCAUCGGGUGGACGAGCCGAUACUGCGUAUAUGGAACACCAGCAAUGUUAUAGUGUACCGCGUGCAGAUGUCGCAACCGUUCCGAGCCUACUCAAAGGCGUGCCCCAGGGAGAUCCCUGAAGUGGGAACAGACAUCAUCUGCCCUCUCAUCCACGUCUACCGCUCCUACGGCGUUCAGAUCGUCAAGGGCUACACGUUCGGCCGAGUGGAUGUGAUUCGAACAAUGCACAGCCGCAUUGACAGCAUGAAGAUGACUGCAGUGUCUGAUUUCAAGAGGGGCAACGGGGUGAUUCGAGUGAUGCUGUCGGGGUAUGGACCGCUGCUGGUGCGCUGCUAUGUCUACGUCACCAACAAUGAGAUCUAUGGUGUGUACCUGCCAGUGUUGUUUCAGUUCGGUGUGGUGGGAGCGGUAUUCAAGAACAACCAUGUGCAUGACUACGUGUGGGCUGCCAUCACAUGUGGCAACAUGGUUCACUUGCAGGUGAGAGAUGGUGACUCAGGCGCCUCACAGUAG